GGAGUCGUGAUGGCGGCCGAUGGGGCGGCGGUGGCGGUGUCGCCGGCGCCGAGCCCGAAGUCGCCGCCGAAGUACCCCGAUCUUUGUGGCCGGAGGCGGUUGCAGCUUGAGGUCCAGAUUCUCAAUCGGGAGAUCGGGUUUCUCGAGGAUGAGUUACAAGCACUUGAUGGAGUUCAACGUGUUUCUAGAUGCUGCAAAGAGGUCAAUGAAUUUGUUGGAGCAAGACCAGAUCCACUACUACCUCUAAACAAGAAGCGACGUCGAUCUUGUCGUCUUUGGAGGUGGAUCCGAAAGAACUUGUGCUGCAGUUUCUCAUGGCUAUGCUGCUGCUCCAGUAGUUGCUUGCCCAGCUGCUGCUCCAAUAGUUGUCUAUGUCCAAAGAACUGUACAUGUUGUCAAUGCAAGUACAAAUGUCCUAGCACUUGUUGCUCAGGGGCUUCCUGUUGCUGGUUAUUCUCAUGCUGCAAACCUCCAUGCUGUGAUUCUUCCUGCUGCAACAAACCCCAAUGCCCAAAAGAUUCUUGCUUCAACUGUCAAUGCCCGGAAAGUUCUUGCUGCAAGCCACAAUGUCCAAACAUCUCAUGUUGCAAGCCUCGCUGUCCAAAAUGCUCAUGUUGUGAACCAUGCAGCUGCAGCAUUUCAUGUUGCAAUUGCAAGCCUAAAUGUCCAAAGAUAUCAUGUUGCAAUCCUUGUAAAAGCUGUGGUGUUUCAUGUUGCUGCAAACCUCAAUGCCCAGAAGGUUCAUGUUGCUGCAUACCUCAGUGCCCGGAAUUUCCAUGUUGUUGCGGAUUAUCGUCGUGCUGUAAGAUGUUUUCGUCGAGCUGCUGGCCGACAUGUGGUAGUAAAGGUUCAUGUUUGCCGGUCUCGUUGUUGUCGUCGUCCGAAAUGCAGUUCAUGCAGUGCAUGCAGUGCAGGUACGUGUGGGUGCUGGAAAUGGUUGUGCUGUUCUUGUCCGAGCAUUUCAUGCCCUGAGUACUCUUGUGGCUGUGUCUGGUCCUGGCCCAAGUGCCCAAAGUGUCUUGAAUCAUGCCUCUGCCCAAGCUGCAGCUCCGAAACUUGCUGUAUUAGUGGUUGCCAAUGUUAAUAU